CUGAGGAGGACGGACUGCUUCCUGCUAGAGGUUCCGGGAGGCGGAGGAAGCUACGGCCGCCCGCGGUGGAAGCCCUCAGCCCCUCGGGUGUUGCUGUAGCGCGUUCAGCAAAACAAGCCAAGAGGAGGAACGGACACAAUCUUGGUAGUUGUGGCCUGACCCUCACUCUACAGAUAUGGGAAACAAGGGGAACAGGAAGCAUCCGCAGUUCUCCCUGGAGGAGAAAAUGAGAGUUGUGGAAGCUGUAGACUCAGGCAAGAGGAAAGGCAAUGUGGCCAAAGAAUUUGGCAUCAUUCCUUCUACUCUGUCUACAUUCUUAAAAAUACUGAAGGAUCAUGCCAAACUUGAAGAAAAGAUGCAGGAGGCAUGUAUGGGACUUCAGCAGAAAAGGAUAAGGAGUGCUUUUUGUGAUGACGUUGAUAAGACUGUUUUUGCCUGGUUUCAAGAAAUCCAUGCCAAAAAUGUUCUUGUGACUGGUUCUGUCAUUCGGAAAAAAGCACUAAACUUGGCCAAUAAGGUUGGCUAUGACAAUUUUCAAGCAAAUGUGGGCUGGCUGAACAGACUUCAGGAUCGCCACGAAAUUUCUUUGAAAGCAGUCUGUAGAGGGGAUAGUGAGAGAUUAAUGCAAGGAGUGAACUGAACUGAACUGAACAAGUGGCAUGCAGAGGAAAUUAUAAAACUAGUUGCUGACUUCAGCCCAGAUGAUAUCUUUAAUGCUGAUGAGACAGGAAUGUUUUUCCAGUUGCUUCCCCAGCACACACUUGCUGCUAAAGGGGACCAUUGUCAAGGGGACAAGAAAGCGAGGCAGCGGUUGACAGCACUCUUUUGUUGCAGCGCUUUAGGAACUGAAAAAAUGAGACCAUUGAUUGUUGGUAGGUCAGCCAACCCACACUGACUCAAGAAUGUCCAUUCCCUCCCCUGUGACUACUGAGCCAACCAGCAGGCAUGGAUGACACAGGAUAUGUUUAAUGAAUGGCUGAUGCAAGUGGAUGCCAGGAUGAAGCAGGCGAACAGGAUCCUCCUGCCAAUCGACAAGUGCUCUGCUCACAGCAUGCUUCUUCCAUGCUUGGCAAGGACUCAGGUGUGGUAUCUGACCUCAAACUGCACUGCCGUCCUGCAGCCACUGAAUCUUGGCAUAAUUCAUACCAUGAAAGUGCGGUACAGGAGCCCUUUACAGCUGAUCCUCCUCAAGUUCAGCAGCAGUGAGGAUCAAGAAAAAGUGGACAUCAAGCAGGCUGAUGGCAUGAUUGCUGCAGCAUGGUGGUCAGCCAAGCGGUCCACAGUGGUGAAAUGCUGGCAGAAGGCAGGCAUCGUCCCUGUGGAACUGACAGAUUCUGACAGAGCAGCCACCGGUGAACCAGGUAUUGCCACUGAAAAGUUGUGGCACUUGGUGGCUCUUGCCACCUGUGUCCCAAAGAAUCUCCAAGACUUUGUCACUGCAGACGAUGACCUCAUCAUCUCUCAGGAGCUGUUGGACACAGAGGUCAUCCAGGACAUGGGAGCCAGAAAAAGUACUGAUGAAGCUGGAAGUGAAGAUAAGGGGGAGGCAUCUUUGCCACAGCAGCCAAAAAUCACCAUCACAGAGGCCAUCUCAAGUGCACAGAAGCUUAAACGGUUCCUUUCCACUUGUGCAGGUGUUCCUGAUGCCAUUUUUGGACAGCUAAAUGGCAUAGAUGAAUAUUUAAUGAGAAGAGUGAUACAAACUCUUGUUGAUUCCAAAAUUACAGAUUUCCUCCAAACAAAAUAAUAUAGAAAUUAACUGCUUCUUUUAAUUCAGAGGAUGUAGUUUACAAGAAUAAAUUUCUUUAGAUAGGAAUAUUGAACUUAAAUUUUGAGCAAUAUUAUGAAAACAUUCCAGUUUUCUGAAAUAAUCAGGAAGCUUUCUUGAAUGGAAUUUGGGACCCAAGGGUUUUCAUUUCUACCAAGUUCCCAGGCGAUGCCAAUGCUGAUGUGGUCCAAGGUCCGUGCUUGAGAACCACUGGUCCUGCUGGGUUCUACUGCUUCUCUUUUUAACUGGCUAUCUAAAUACCCCCAAUCACUAACUGUCAAAAAAAAAAGCAUCAGCUGUUCUUACUCUAGAACUUUAACUCCUUCCUGUUGAUCUAGUAACUCCAGAACCUUCUUAGCUAUUUUCCUGAAUGCCCUACCAAGUAUUCAGUAGAGGUACAUCUAUGUCAAAAGAAUUACCAAGAGCCAUCUAGCCUAUCAAAGCAUCUUUUACUACUUCAGGAUUAUUAUCAGUAGGGUGCCAGAGUAUAGGGAAAUAAAGUGCCUGAAAGAGGAGAUAUGCUACAACCUGGAAAGCAUGGUAAUACCAGUGUACCUCUAAAAUCCAGGCAAGGCGUGAGGAAUGUUUAUAAGAGAGAUGACCUGUGUGAGAAUGUUUGGAUUAUUCGGAUAAUCCACGGUGGUCCUCUGCACACCAGUGAAUAACCCAGCCUGGACUAUGUCAUUAAUACAAGGGCACACUGUUUGCCUUCACUACAAUUACUUCAUUGCUGUUGUUCAGUCACUAAGUCGUGUCCAACUCUUUGCGACCCCAUGGACUGUAGCCCACCAGGCUCCUCUGACCGUGGGGUUUCCCAGGCAAG